UGGGAAUGCCAAGAGAAAAGCAGCAACCCCAUUGAGAGCUCUCACCGAAUCACCGCGUAACCGUCACAUGUCCGGAGACGCGCGGCCCCGCCACCGGUGCUAUUUAAGGCGCUCGUCGCUCUCAUCAGCACCAGUUCGCUGUCCACUCUCUUUACGCGAGCACUCCAAACUGCACUGACGACGCGCGCUACGAAUCUCUACCACUCUUUCUCCACACACACACACGAGCACGCAAGAGAAAGUUUCUACUUUUUCCUGUCAACAUGCCGAGGUCUUUCCUGGUGGAUUCGUUGAUUUUAAGGGAGGCCAAUGACAAGGGCAACGAGAACAGCCCGCCGCUGUUCCCGUACGCGGUGCACUCCGGCCACCACCACGCGUUGCCGGGCUCCUGCCACUCCAGGAAGGCAGGGCUGCUGUGCUUCUGCCCACUGUGCAUGGCCGCUUCGCAGCUGCACCCGUCCCCGCCGUCCAUGCCUCUGCUCAAGGCCUCUUUCCCCGCCUUCGGCUCGCAGUACUGCCACUCGGCACUGUCGAGGCACUCCUCAGCCAACGGCGCGCACCUCGGCCACGGCCCGGGGAUUUACCAAGCCACCUACUCCAUGCCCGACCCACGGCAGUUCCACUGCAUUUCCAUCGAAAGUAACAACGCCAAACUUCAGAGCAGCAAGCGCAUGCGCACGGCCUUCACCAGCACGCAGCUUUUGGAGCUGGAGCGCGAGUUCACCUCCAACAUGUACCUGUCGCGGCUGCGGCGCAUCGAGAUCGCCACGUACCUGAACCUGUCCGAGAAGCAGGUGAAGAUCUGGUUCCAGAACCGCCGGGUGAAGCACAAGAAGGAGGGCAAGGGGAGCGGACACAGGGCGGGGGGCACGCACAACUGCAAGUGCUCGUCCGCGCGGUGCUCGGAGGAGGAGGAGGAGGACAGCCCCGUAUCUCCGUCCUCCUCGUCAGAGAAGGACGACGUGGACCUGUCCGUGUCCCCGUGAGAUCUACGCUCACUCGCACGCACGCGCGCACACAACCACACGCGCGCGCGCGCACGCACACACACACACACACACACACACAC